CCAAUUACAAUUUUUAUGUAGCAAAAACAGAAAUUUUAAUUUUAUAAAAAUGAAACAACAUUCUAUGCGUAUUUCGAAAUCCUUGCUCUUGAACAACAGCACUAAAUGUUUUUCUACACUAAGAUGUCUGAGUACAGCGGAGGCUGUAGAACGUCGGAAUCACCUUUACAAGUUGGAAAAGAAACGGCAACUCGAAAAAGUGGGCCGAAUUGAAAAAAUAGAAGUGAAUUACAAAGGUGUACCUAAAGACUGCACUUUGGUUAUGAAUAAAGAUAUAUCCACGCCUUACGACUGUGCGAAACAUUUCAGUGAAUGGCACAUUGAAACCAGUGCACUGGCUUUGUUGGAUGGCACUAUUCACUGGGACAUGCAUAGACCACUCACAGAAAGUUGUACAUUGGAAUUCCAAUCGUUCAAUGUAGCAGAGCCGCAGCAAGUCAACAAAGCUUUCUGGAGGUCUUGUUGCCUGGUGCUGGGAGCGUGUGCCAGUGUAGCCUUCAAGGACACAGUGCCGGUUGUGCUGCACAGCUUCCCUGGACCAGAUAUCCGCAGCGGAUCCUUCAUCUACGACGUGGACCUGCCGACCCUGCCGGACUGGCAACCCUCGGCGCAAGAACUGCACACCCUUGCCGCGGAGUACAUCAAGCUCUCCAGAAGGAAGCUGCCCAUAGACAGGCUGGACGUGUCCGAGGAGCUGGCGUUGGAGAUGUUCGUGGACAACCCUCACAAGACUGGCCAGAUACCAAGCAUCGCUAAGACCAAUGGCAAAGUGACGCUAUACAAAAUAGACAAGCACGUGGACAUAUCCAAGGGUCCCAUGAUCAGCAACAGCGGGCAGAUCGGCAAAGUUGCCGUCACUGCUGUGCACAAGCUCACUGGCUCCAGCGACAGUGAAGUAAAGCAGCUGUAUAGGUUCCAGGGAGUGGCGCUGCCAACCGGCGUUAUACUUAACCACUUCGCGUUCUCCUUGCUCAUCGAGAGGGCGAAGAAAUUGAACUCCGCUCGCUCACCGAUCAAUCCCUUUGUAGAUACGAGGGAACCUGCUCCAGAAAGUAUAGCUGCUAGGGCAUAAUGUAUUUAAUUAUUUACCAUAAUUUGUAGUUAGUUUUAUU